AUGUGUUUCAAUCAUCUCAUAUGUGCUUGGAAUGUGCUUGGUCUAUCUGUGUCGCUCACCAUUCUCUCAUUCUCUACCAUCGGUGCCGGCUUCGAAAAUGCUUCAGAGUCGGCAUCAAACGAUACAAGAACACCUGACGACGUGAUCCUUGCCCGUAUUGAGAAGUCUACCAUCGGAUGGAUGGUUUUCGCAGCCAUCUUGUUCUUGAUUGCUGUUGGAGCUAUGUUUUACAUUGGUCGUCGCCGAUGUCGAGGAUCUCGCAGAGCCAUCAAGAAAGCGAGCGAACGUGGCGGGCAAUGGCCACGCGACCUCCUAUCUUCCUCCGGAAUCGUGAGCCGACUCGACACUCUUGCGGAUGGCGGUCCAGCGCCCGUCGUCGUUCGCGCACCUGCGCCGGCCGAGGAGAACACAGUCGAAGAUAUUAGGUUGAAAGAUAUCAGGCAGGGUGGAAGGGAGAGAGCUACCGUUCCCCAGAUUGUUAACGGGAGUGACGGGUAG